AUGUCGCCUGCUCCCCCCCGGCCCCGCGACGGCACGGUCGUCGGCGAGGUCCGCGCCCCCAUUGCCCAGGACCGUCUCCUGCCAUACCUCGAGAAGGAGGUCGAGGGCUUCAAGGGUCCCCUCACCAUCAAGCAGUUUGGCUUCGGUCAGUCCAACCCGACCUACUUCCUGCAGACCCCGUCGCGCAACUACGUCCUGCGCCGCGCGCCCAUCGGCAAGCUCCUGUCCAAGACGGCGCACCGCGUCGACCGCGAGUACAUCAUCCUCGAGGCCUUUAACAAGUUUAACGCGACGCUGCCGGCCGACGCGCAGGACCGCAAGGUGCCCGUCCCGCAGGUGUAUACCUUGUGCAUGGACCCCAGUGUCGCCGACGCGCCGUUCUACGUCAUGGAGUUUAUCAAGGGCAGGAUCUUUACGGAUAUCGAGGUGCCAGACCUGUCGGAGAAGGACCGGUAUGAGUGCUGGCGCUCGGCCGUCAAGACACUCACCCUCCUCUCCACCGUCCCCGUCGAGGCGCUGCGCCUGCCGCUGUCGUUUGCGCCCGACCCGCUCGUCAAGCCCUACUUCCCGCGCCAGGUCAACUCGCUGCUCAAGGUCAGCAAGGCGCAGUCGGCCACCCCGUGCAAGACGCUGCCGGACGGCAUCGUCGGCGAUAUCUGGGGCACAAAGGAGCUCCAGCCGUAUUUCGAGUCGGGGGCCAAAUCGGCCGGCGGCGAGCAGGCCCAUGGCGCCAGUGUGGUUCACGGAGACUACAAGCUGGACAAUUUGAUCUUCCACCCGACCGAGAACCGCGUCAUCGGCAUCCUCGACUGGGAGCUGUGCACGCUCGGCUCGCCGCUGGCCGACCUCGGCAACCUGCUGCUCGCAUGGUCCAUCCCGCCCGUGACGCCCGCGCAGCUCGCCGCCCUCGCGGCCGAGGGCGGCGGCGGCAACCUCGCCAAGGGCAUCCGCGGCGUUCCGUCCUCUACGACGGGCAUUCCGCAGGCGCACGAGCUCGAGUCGUGGUGGGCGCAGGGCAUGAACUCUGGCAACCUCUUCCACUCGAUCGCGUCGGGCGGCGCACAGGCCCGCGAGCCGUGGGUGUGGCCCAUUGCGCACAUGGAGUGGGUGCGCGCGUGGAUGCUCUUCCGCCUCGCGAUCAUUGCGCAGGGCAUCUCGGCGCGCGCGGCCCUCGGACAGGCGAGCAGCGCGAGCGCGCGCCCGACGCGCGCGCCGUUCGACUUCUUCGGCAAGGCGGCGUACGAGGUCAUGAAGAAUGACGAUGACAGGGCCGCAGGCGCAAAGCUCUGA